GCUCUGCUGUGUUCUCUGCCUGCUCAACAAAGGCUGGAGAGAAUAUGCAAAGCCUUAGCAGCCCCCAGGGCCGCUGUUGCCCGUCCCCUCCCUCUUCCCCAGUCAGCGAAGCAAAGAGUGACGGGGCUAGAAACAUGUGGGUGUUCGGAUAUGGCUCUCUCAUCUGGAAGGUGGAUUUUCCUUACGAGGACAAGAUGGUAGGAUACAUCACGGGCUACAGCAGGAGGUUCUGGCAAGGCAGCACGGAUCACCGUGGCGUGCCGGGCAAGCCUGGAAGAGUUGUGACACUUAUUGAAGAUCCUGAGGGCUGUGUAUGGGGUGUUGCAUACAAACUGCCAAUAGGACAAGAAGUUGAAGUAAAAGCCUAUCUUGAUUUUCGAGAGAAGGGUGGAUAUAGGACUACAACUGUUGACUUCUAUCCCAAAGAUCCUGCAGUGGAACCUUUUAAUGUGCUAUUAUAUAUUGGAACCUGUGAAAACCCUAACUACCUCGGACCCGCACCCCUAGAAGAAAUUGCCGAACAGAUUUUUAAUGCAGUUGGUCCUAGUGGAAUGAAUACAGAAUACCUAUUCGAACUUUGCAAUUCCCUCAGGGAUCUUGUACCAGAAGACGUGGAUGAACAUGUUUUUGCUUUAGAGAAACUGGUAAAGAAACUAUUGGAAGAAGAGCAAAACAAACCUGUAUAACAGUCGCUUUGCAAAGAGUUUCUUCACUAUCAGAAUAAGUUUAUUCUGUUUAUAUUGUUUAUAUAAUUUGGAAAUUAUCCAUCAAAAUUUUUAAAAAUUAGUUUCCAUAUUUCAUUGAGGCAUCACUGUCCUUGAGCAGUAGAGAUUUUUAAAAUAUUUAAAAAAAUUUAAGAAGGAACUUUGAAUUUCCAUGAAGUUUUAAGAAUGCUUUUCUGUUCAUUUCUCAAAUUUGAAUAACGUAGGCCUGAUUUAAGUUGAAGGGAAGCUUUUUUAACUUUAAGUUACAGUAUUAGAUUUUGUUUUCCUCUAAAAAAAAGUUUUGAACUAGAUUCUUCAUUUAAGUAUGGAUGCAGUCCUAUGCACAAAAGGAAGUCCCUUUCAACAAAGAAAGAAAUGCAUAGGAUUGAGUGAUGUGUAUUGACAUGUCAGUAUAUUCCUUUAAAAAUGUUCCCAAUAGGAUUUGUGGAUUACAGCACUGAGAGAGAAAUCCUUUGUGCACUUGUUUAGGAUUAAGUUCAACAUGGUAAAAAGUAAAUAUGUGUAGGAUUACAUUCUAAAUUCUAAUUCUAUAUCUACGAAGGGCCUGGAUUAUAUGUACACCUGUUUGAAACGUAUUGCUUAUUAUAUAUUAUUUAUCAUUUAGUUUAACUUGCCCAAAUUCAAUAAUUUAUAUAUAACAAUUUACUUAGUAAUAAGAGGAUCAAUAGUUACAAAUGAAAGGAAACUACACUUUGCAUUCAUGGUUUCAAUAUCUUCAGAGAUGAUGUACACUGGUACAAGGCUUUCUCUCAUUUUUUGGAAAAUAACUAAUCAGGGAAACAACUUGAAUCUAGAGUAAUAAGUAUGUAACAAAACUCCUAUCUAUAAUCAUUAUAGGCAAUUUUCAGAGAUAGUCAAAUCUAUCUUUAUCCCAAUAACUAGAACUCCUUAAAUUAAAAUUCACAAUAACCCUUUGUUCAACCUUUACUUUGCCAAAAUGAUGUGGUCACCAAUACCUAAUGUUAUAGUUUCACAAUUUCUUGCUUCUAGUAGUUAAGAACACACAAUAACACAUUGAGGUGCAAGAACAUUUCUUCUUCAAUCUUUGUUUUUAGUGACAAUCCUGAGUUUUUAUAAAUUUCUAUGCAUUUGUAAAGCUUCAUUAUUGAAGACUGCAGUUUUCUUUGUAAGAUCUAGUUGGAAAAAUUUGGAAGUAUAUGGAUUAUGCAGCUCAGUCCAUUUGAAAAGCACAGAAUCACCAUUUGUAAUACAAGAGCAAAUUUUGGAUAGUAAUUCCUUUUUGCUUUCAAACGGAAUCAAACAGAAGGAUUGUUGUUUCUUUAAGGACUGACAAAGAUCUGGCAAGCAUCUAAAUAAGGAAUAAACUCCCUUGUAAGUCAAACUUCUUCAGGAAAUAUUGGCACAUAACUUGCAUAGGAAAGAUUCUGAACGAAAAUUUAUGCUACCAAUUUGCAAGCCUAGUUAUUAUCAUUAAUUAGCAUAGUUCUAGUUGUACCUGGAUAACUUAUUAUAAUUAAUUAUAUUUUCUACUAACAAGAAUUUGGAAAUGCUUGCUAGAAUUUUUCACUGAAAUAACCCUUGCAAUGAUAAACUUGUCACUAAACAAAGGAAAAUAUAUGAGCUGCAGUCUAUUUCCAAUCUCCAACAAAAAUGUUAUUAUGUUUCCUCCUAUAGCUAAGGAUUUCAAAAGAGAACACUAUGGAAUGCCUCUUUGAUGGCUAUAGCUAACCUAUAAACACUCUUUAAAAAUUCUAAUAAUUGUGCAUCUCUCUCCCAUAAUGCUUUGAACUAGUUGUUUAUUGAAGAUUGUAUUACAUAUACCUAGGCCAUCUGUCACAAUAUUUUUGAAACCACGUCAAGUAUUUAUUUGAGAGUCCAAAUUAAAAUUUACACCAGUUAAGCAUAAGCUGUUGAUUUAGUUUAAAUCAAAUCAGUCAAUUGUAUUUGCAUCCAGAAGGCCCAUAAGUAACUUACAAACAUAAUCUAAAUUUAAAUAUUUUACUUACUAAACUGUUUUAUCCAUUAUCAAAUUUAGAUUAUGUUUGUAAGUUGCUUUUAGGCCUCCUGGCCAUAAAUAAAAUUGAUCGAUUUAGCUAAAUGUACCUCUUUUUUCAGAAUUCUGUACUUAAGAGUUCAAGGGUAAGUUGCACAGUAAAUUGCCAGGACUUCUAAACUUUCUCAGCUUCCACUGAAAUGGUUAUCUGCUACGUUAACUUGAUAACAUUAACCUUUCCGUCCCAACUAUGCAUGUACAUCUCAUAAUUUCAGUUCUUUUCUUUAAACUUUCAACAAAAUCAUAAACUGGUUGUAUGUUUCUGUAAUUUUCAUAAUGAAACUUGUAUGAUUUUGCAUUAGUAAUACAACAAUUAUGGUUUAAGCCCAUACAGUGUUUCUCUCCCUGUUUAACAAAUACUUGCAAAUGUUAUGCUGUUGUUUGUGUAUUUGGAGGCAUCUGUAUCCAACAAAGUGUGAAAACUAAGUCUGAAUCAGAAGGUUAUAGUUUUAAUAAGGAGUUAAUCAAGAUUUUAAACAAUGAAAAGGAAUUCUGAUACAAACCAUAAAUGGCAUUUCCAGAUCACAGUAAAAUAAAUUAUGUAUAGGUUAAA